GGAGGGAGACGGAGGAGGGGCAGGGAGAGCCAAACAGCCCCUGAAUCUCUCAUUUAUUUCUUUGUUUUUUCUUUUACGUGGGAUUAAAAAAAACUGAAAGAAGAGGAGCAGUCGAAGAGAAUCAGAUCCUGGGAGGGAGAAAUAGAGAGAAGACACCCAGAUAGGAGGCAAGAGAGAAAUGAAGGCAGGAGAGAAGCCAGGCAUCUGAGGCAGAGGAGGAGGAAUGAGGAGCAGAGAGGGGAGAAAUGUCACAGCAAUAGGCAGCUAGAGGCAGAGAGACUGCGGGAUGAGAGGGGGAUUUAAGCGUCAGGAACAUCAGUACCUAGAGGUGAGGUAAAUACAGACAGACUGGGCUUGGGGGAGAGCAGCAACCUACAGUGAUAUCAGCAGAGAUUGGAAGGGGGGGAGCAAGAGACAGCCAGUAGGGGGAGAGACAGCUAAACAGGUGUAGAGGGGCUACAGUGGGAAUCCAGCGCUGGUGGCAAAAGAGACAGCAGGGGGAAAUAAAGGCUGAUUUUGUGUUAGUGAGGUGCAGGGACACAGAGAGGGGGGCUGAUUUAUUCCUGCUGGGGCUCCUGAUGCUCUCCUGCCUGGCAUCCAUCACAGCGCCAUGAUUAUGGCUCACAGGGCAUAGAUCUCUCCUGUGGUGGCUUGUAACAAUCCGCCAAUGGCUACCUUACAAGGGGGGCAAGGUCAUCAUUAAAGAACUGCUGGACUAGCAAACUGCAGAGUAAACCUAAAUACCCUAAAUCUUUAAAGGUGGCCAGUGGCCAGGACACGCAGGCAAUCAAACUGGAAGAAGGAUGUAUGCGAUGCUUACAGGGCUAGCAGAAGUCCACUGCAAACCAGUAGCCUGGAGACGCUUUUAAUGCACCUUUUGGCUGGCAGAAACCAUUCUUUUGUGUUUAUAUUAUACAGGACUUAGGGGAAGGAAAGAAGUCUCCCGACUUGUAGCCAGGCCAACAGGAUACAAACAUGGCUAGUGGCCACUACUACUAAUAGAAGACUGCCAUUAGGAUAUACUGCAACCUGACCGCUCACAAAUCCGAACUGGCUGCGAGCCUGAAGAAGUAGAAAGAGCCAAAUAUGAAAAACGUGCGGCUUAUUUGAGAAGGGAGUAGCUAUCAUUCUGUAGCAGCAAUCCCAGACAGACCAUUGCACAGUAUUGGGGCCACAGAGCUGGGAGAAGACCGCUCACGUCUGAACAGAAUUUAUACCACCCUGGAAUUGGUCCCAUGUAUUGGAAGUUGCCCGCAAGUGGUGGCCAUUUACUGGACUCCUGGAAAGGUGCCAUGGGAAGCAGAUGAGACAAGGACCUUGAAUCAAAAACUGGUGUCAAUAGUCUGCCCACACGAAACCCGGACUACAAUCCGACCGAGAAAAAGCAAAAUUCAGCUUUUGGACAUUAGCCACCCCUGGGCUAACAGACGCAGGACGUGGGGCCUGGGCCAGAAGGCUUUUCCCCUGGUGGUAUAAUGUCUGUAGCAGUCUGGCAAGUAGCGCUGGAUCGGUGACUAGCAAUCAGCCCGCCGUACAUCUGGAGAAGCACCAGCACAAUCAGGCGUCCUCUAGUGGCAUGGUAAUGUUACAGUGGAGCGCUCACUGACAGGGUUGUGCAGAGCGGCAUGGCGGGGGCCUGGCUGGUGUUGUGGGGUCUCUGUUCAGCCGCCAUUUUGCUGACAUCCUCUACGCAAGGCCUUAGCCGAGCGGCCCUACCAUUUGGCCUAAUGCGCCGGGAGCUGGCAUGUGAAGGGUAUCCCAUUGAGCUGCGGUGCCCAGGAAGUGACGUUAUAAUGGUGGAGAAUGCUAAUUAUGGGCGGACGGAUGACAAGAUCUGUGAUGCGGACCCAUUCCAAAUGGAGAAUGUUCAAUGCUACCUGCCUGAUGCCUUCAAAAUCAUGUCACAAAGGUGUAACAAUCGCACACAGUGUGUUGUUGUUGCUGGAUCAGACUCCUUUCCUGAUCCGUGUCCAGGAACCUACAAGUACUUGGAAGUCCAGUAUGACUGCGUCCCAUACAAAGUGGAGCAAAAAGUUUUCGUCUGUCCGGGAACCCUACAGGAAAUACUGGAGCCCACUUCCACCCAUGAAUCCGAACACCAAUCAGGAGCAUGGUGUAGAGAUCCCCUGCAGGCUGGUGAGCGUCUCUAUGUAAUGCCAUGGAUCCCCUAUCGUACAGACACAUUAACAGAAUAUGCUUCAUGGGAGGAGUAUGCCGCAGGUCGCCACACCACAACAUAUCGACUACCUAGCAGAGUGGAUGGCACAGGCUUUGUGGUGUACGAUGGAGCUGCCUUCUAUAACAAAGAACGUACACGCAAUAUUGUCAAGUUUGAUUUGCGGACACGGAUCAAGAGUGGAGAGGCCAUAAUAUCCACAGCAAACUACCAUGACACUUCCCCCUAUCGAUGGGGUGGCAAGACUGAUAUUGACUUGGCUGUGGAUGAGAAUGGAUUGUGGGUUAUCUACGCAACUGAAGGCAACAGUGGAAGGCUGGUGGUCAGCCAGCUCAACCCCUACACACUACGAUUCGAAGGCACUUGGGAAACAACCUAUGACAAACGUUCAGCUUCCAAUGCGUUUAUGGCCUGCGGUGUCCUUUAUGUUCUGAGGUCAGUGUAUGUGGAUGAUGACAGCGAAUCUGCUGGAAAUCGUGUGGAAUAUGCUUUCAACACACACCGAAAUCGUGAGGAACCUUUGGGGGGCAAUGGAGGAACUGGACUGGACUUUCCUAACCCAUACCAAUUUGUGUCUUCAGUGGACUACAAUCCAAGGGAUGGGCAGUUAUAUGUAUGGAACAACUACUUUUUGGUGCGAUAUGCACUGAAGUUUGGCCCUCCUGACCCAGCUGAAGGCCCAGUCACUCCCACCCCACCAUUGGUCACUGCCACACUGCCUCAGCCGCCGCUGACUGUUACCACUCCCCCCUCUAUAACUACCACUGCUCGUCACCCUCCUCUGACAACGCACCCCGUAGGGGUGGUAAACCCUAUAGGGCCUGAACUACCUACACCUGGGACCCGUCGGCCGCCUCCGUCCAACCAGCAUUCCUACUCAGAGGUCAACUGCCCACCUCGUGAGGAGAGACGGGUACAGUGGCCAGCUGCGCAACAAGGAAUGCUAGUAGAGAGGCCGUGUCCAAAGGGAACACGAGGUACCGCUUCUUUUCUCUGUCUGCCAACCCUAGGCGUGUGGAAUCCACGUGGCCCAGAUCUUAGUAACUGUACCUCUCCAUGGGUAAACCAGGUGGCACAGAAGAUAAAGAGCGGAGAGAAUGCAGCUAAUAUUGCAGGGGAGUUGGCUCGCCACACUCGGGGGCAGAUAUAUGCCGGUGAUGUCACAUCAUCCGUACGUCUCCUGGACCAGCUUUUAGACAUUCUGGAUGCUCAACUCCAAGCCCUAAGACCAGUGGAGCGAGAGAGUGCGGGAAAGAACUACAACAGGAUGCAUAAAAGAGAGCGGACCUGCAAGGAUUAUAUCAAGGCUGUGGUGGAAACAGUUGAUAACCUCUUGCGCCCAGAGGCACUGCCAUCAUGGAGGGACAUGAAUGUCACUGAGCAGGAACAUGCAGCGACCAUGUUGUUGGACAUACUGGAAGAAGGAGCUUUUCUCUUGGCUGAUAAUGUCAAGGAGCCUGCACGUUUCCAGACUGCUAGGCCCAAUGUGGUGCUUGAGGUCUCAGUGGUGAACACAGAGGGUUCGGUUACUGAGCUGAUUUUUCCUCAGGACAAUCUCAGUCUUAGCUCCAUCCAGCUCUCCGCUAACUCCAUCAAGCAGAACAGUCGAAAUGGGGUGGUUAAAGUGGUGUUUGUCCUUUACAACAAUCUGGGUCUAUUUCUGUCCACUGAGAACUCUACUGUCCGUAACGGAGGAGAGAGCAGCUCCACAGGACACUCACUGGUGGUGAACUCACAGAUCAUUGCCGCCUCGAUAAACAAAGAGUCCAGCAGAGUCUUUCUAAUGGACCCAGUUAUAUUUACCCUGCCACAUCUACAGACCAAGAAUCACUUCAAUGCCAACUGUACAUUCUGGAAUUAUUCUGAGCGAUCUAUGCUGGGUUACUGGUCCUCCCAGGGCUGCCGGCUGGUACAAACCAACAAGACUCAUACGACCUGUGCAUGCAGCCACCUCACUAACUUUGCUGUGCUGAUGGCCCACAGAGACAUGUACCAAGGUCGUAUCAACGAGCUGCUGCUCUCCGUCAUCUCGUGGGUGGGCAUUGUGAUCUCCCUGGUCUGUCUCGGAAUCUGUAUAUCCACUUUUUGUUUCCUGAGAGGCCUGCAGACAGACAGGAACACCAUCCACAAAAACCUAUGCAUCAGCCUUUUCCUUGCUGAACUGCUUUUCCUCACCGGCAUCGACAAAACUCAGUACCAGGUCGUAUGCCCUAUCCUUGCCGGUCUGCUGCAUUUUUUCAGUCUUUCUGCCUUUUCCUGGCUGUGCCUGGAGGGGGUGCAGCUCUACCUUAUGCUGGUUGAGGUGUUUGAGACUGAGCACUCUCGACGCAAAUAUUACUACCUCUGUGGUUACAUUUUUCCGGCCCUCGUUGUAGGGAUAUCAGCAGCUGUAGACUAUAGAAGCUAUGGGACAGACAAAGCUUGCUGGUUGCGGGUUGAUAAUUAUUUCAUCUGGAGUUUCAUUGGACCUGUUUCCCUAGUUAUAGUGGUCAACCUUCUUAUUCUGCUUGUUACUCUCCAUAAGAUGUUACGUUCCUCUUCGGUUCUGAAACCAGAUUCCAGCCGCCUGGAGAACAUUAAGUCCUGGGCCCUUGGAGCAGUCACUCUGCUGUUCCUCCUUGGCCUUACUUGGGCUUUUGGUUUCCUCUUCAUUAAUAAGGAAUCUCUAGUUCUGGCUUACCUCUUCACCACCUUUAAUGCUCUUCAAGGGCUUUUCAUCUUCAUCUUCCAUUGUGCUCUGCAGAAGAAGGUACACAAGGAGUACAGUAAGUGUCUGAGGCACUCUUACUGCUGUGUCAGAGGUCCGGGGGCAGAGCAUGGGACCUUAAAAUCUACUGUCAAUAGCCGUUACUAUACCCAGAGUCGAAUACGCAGAAUGUGGAACGAUACAGUCAGGAAACAAACAGAGUCCUCUUUCAUCGCUGGAGACCUUAACAGUACCCCAACACUGAAUAGAGGCACUAUGGGUAACCACCUGCUGACAAACCCGGUGCUGCAGAGUCGCGUGGGAACGAGCCCAUACAACACGCUGAUCACAGAGUCUGUGGGGUUCAGCCCCUCCUCCCCAGGAUACAACGCAACCGGAAGUUUCCGGGAUCCUAAGCAUACCUUAAGUCGCGACCCAUGUGGAAAAGACUCACUCCCCCCGCUCCCACUCAAUGGCAACUUCAACAACAGUUACUCCCUUCGGGCUGGAGAUUUUCCCCCUGAUCCUUCCAAGUUGGCAGAAGGCACUGGUGGUGUGGGUGGGCGGCGCAAUUUGACCGAUGCGGCAGCAUUUGAAAAAAUGAUUAUCUCCGAGCUAGUCCAUAGCAACUUACGAGGGAAAUCGCAUGGGGGGACAACAGAGACAACAGAAGAGGAAGUCACAUCCGGAGUAGUGCCAGAAAGUGGCGAGGUGCCUACACUGGAGAUGGAACGCAUGUAUAAGGCUCUAGAGGAGCCACUCCUACUACAAAGAGCGCAGUCUAUCCUGUACCAGAGUGAUUUGGAGGAGUCAGAGGCUGAAGCUGCUCCCCGUGACUCCCCUAAUCGUGACUCACUCUACACAAGCAUGACCAACCUCAGAGACUCCCCAUACCCAGACAGUAGCCCUGAGACUGGCCUUCCCCCCUCUGGGGAAAUGCUGCCAUGCCAUCAGGCGGUACCUCCACCAACUGGGCCCGAUGCCAUGUACUUCCCUGGCCGGCUGGGGUCAGUGCCCAGGGGACAGCUGCAGGCAUUCUACCAAAUGCCCCAAGGGUUUUUGGGCCUGGAAGGUUCAGUGCCCGAGGGCGACGGCCAGAUGCAGCUCAUCACCAGCCUCUGAACUUACUCGCCCGCCCCUGACACUAACCCCAGCACCCCUGUAAAGAAAAUACAGCCCUUUUCUCUCAACUAUAGAAGAAAGCAGGGUCAGAUGGAGAGAGGGGCAUGUAUUUAGGGGCUAUUUUGUUGGGGCCGGGUGAGGGCAAUAUGCUGUUUUGCCUCAUGGACCAUUUUGGAAACCAGGUAGAAUAUUAAUUCAAAAUACUUGGACUUCCUCUUAUUGCCCAUGUGAGUUAAGUAAGCGGGUAAGUUGCGUGUGUGUAGGGGAGGGAGGGUCACAUUUGGCAAGAGGCUAUGGGUGCCAAAAUAUGCCCCCCCCUUAACAAUAACCAUAUAUCCCAAGAAGCUCAGUCAAGCUUACUGAUUUAACCUUGGGUUCAUGGUGACAGUAUCACAGUAUUGCUACCCAGCCAAUGAAAUUACAAGAGGAAGAGAGACAACCAGAAUAAAGAGUAAGAAUAAGCAGCCAAUAGAAAGUAUAUAUCACAGAGCCAAUUAAAUAAAGAGUCGAAGGAGCCAUUAGAAUACGGAAUGCGGUGCCAAAUGACUGAAAGGGCUGCAGUAUAGAUGUAGUAUAAGAAGGGGGGGGGUGGCCUGUCUUGAUAUAAGAAAUAUAUACUUGUUACAAAUUCAAGACCAUCUUUUGCCACAUUGCAAAAAAAAAGCCCCUUACAUGUCUGUUUCCUGAUUUAUGCACAAAACUGAACUUCUUAUUUUGAAGUUUUUUUGGAAAAGAGAAGCCCCCUUACAUCCUCCACUCCCCACUUGAAACGCCUCCACUUGCCUCACUCAAAAGGGAAGGACGUUUUUUUUUUUUCUCGUGUCAUUGUGGCUCGGAUGGAUUAUGAUUGACACACGAAAAGAAAAAUUAAGCACGUGGCCACCGCUUCUCCCCUUUCACAGGAACGACGACAAAAGGAAAAAAGGAAAUGAAGGGGUUGGGCUGAAAUACGGACUGCAACUGCCCUGCGUAUUCUUUAUUUAAGCACAAAAAAAACGCUCCUCUUCCUUUCUUUUAGGGAGGAUCAUGGGAACUUUUAACACUGGGGGAGGCGAGUGUCUUUUCCGACAACUGUAAAUAACGAACUCUUAAGGGGGGGAAGGGAGAGAACAGGGGAGUUACUGAGAACAUUCCCCCAAAAAAUAACACUGGUGCAGAACUGGUCAGUAGGGGUGGUUUUUUUGUUGUAUUUUUUUUUUUUUUUUUAAAUAUUUAUCUGCCUUCUGCAGUGCUUCUUGGCUUCCAAAAUGGCCUGUCUGCCAUAAGCUCUCCCUCCAUGUUGCUGCAGGAUCACGAUUAAUCUGUGCCACGCCCAAAGAAACGUUGUGCUCCCAGCAUUUCUAUGUGUUUCUUUAACAUGUCUGUCUAUGUCUGUCUUAAUUUAUUUAGCCCAUGGAAGGGAGGCACGGAAACCAUGGUUUUACACAGCUGAGCCAACAGUGGGAACUUUUAUAAAAGGGUCAGAGCACAGAGAGAGACCUCUAUUUCAGUGUAUGGCCAAAAUGACCAUGUCUCCACCCACUGAUACAAAAUACUUGGAAAGGGAUGGAAUUGACUUGGUUUUCUGGUACUAACAUGUACCGUCUACAGAUAUUAGAGCUUUUAAUUCCAGAAUUUUACCGAUACUAGAUGCACAGCACCGAGCUGCAAAAAGAAGGCCAUGAAGUACAGGGAAUGGUGCAAUAGGGCACUAAAUCGGGGUCGUAUCUUAACUACUAAUGUACAGGCCCCGCCUACAGUGCGCAUUUGGCAGCGAUAUCUCAGUAUGACCUUGGCUAUUAACGGAGGGAAGCUGCUUGCCAUUUGGUCACUUAGCACACAGCUAAAGCCAAAAUCUACAGAUAGACUAUAUCUUGUUUCUGUUUGGCCUGUACAGGUAAAUACAGCUCUAAAUAAUAUAAAUAUAUACAGAAAUAUAUAUUUAGAAAGAGAUAUUGGGAAGGAAAGAAACUUCAUGCGGAUGAAUUAAAGCUAAAGGAUUAUAGGAACAGUCAGACAUAUUUUAGAAAUUGUCACUCAUGUCCCGUUUUCGGGUCUCUGCCCACCCUCAGCGGUAGCAAGUGGAAGCUCUACAGUGAUGGGCGUGCCAGUUUCUAGAAUGGGCAGUGAGAGUGAGGCCUUGUUACCAUGUUUUAUAAGAGACUGGCCUACAGCAAUAUCAUAGCCAAGGGCCACUCAGUAAAAAUGGUAAGAGAUAUUCCAGGAUUUCAGGUAUCCGCUAAUUGGCUGCCUCGCCACAGCCCCCUAAUGCGACACCCAGAGCCAUUUACUGGUGUCGGGGGGAGACAAUACUUGUACUGGAAUUGGGGGCGAUCACUUGUUCUGACACAUCUUUCACUUUUGCUGAAUAAAGGGCCUUGUAUUACAUUUCUUACCCUAGGAUAAAGUAGCAAAUGACAAUGAAAGGGCAUUAAAACAAAGUACACUAUUUUAGAUAUAUAUUCUGACAAGGAAAUACCCCAUUCAUAUAUCACUGGGUGACACCCUUUAACAUAUCAACACCCACAAAAUACAUUUAUCAUCAUUCUAUGUUUUGUACCGUCGUACUCACUGUUUCGCUGUCAUUAUUUUCCGAUGGUUCUUUUGUCGACCGUUUGCCAACUCGCCCUCUGACCCUGACGCGAGCAAAGGGUUAAAUACCUCUCCACCCUUCCUCUCCUCUCUCUCUCUCCCUCUCCCUCCUUCGUUUUCUUUUUCAUAUGCCAAAACCAGAAAUGGGUCGAAACGCCAUUCAACAAGCGAACAAAAAUCAAAACAAACAAAAAAAAAAUACUGUACGAAAGACUGAAACAGAAAUCGUGCAAGGAAAAUUCUACAAAAAAAAGGCAGAAAAAAAUACAAACGGUAAAAAAAAAAAAAAUGAAUAUCGCAACUUGUGGAGUGAAAAAAAAACACACCAAUAAAAUCCUUUUGAUUUCUGA